AGUGACACCUCCCCCCCCCCCAGAAGAGGACGCACAUUUGUGAAUCACCAGCGACAGAGCCGGCCGCAGGACGAAAACCCGGGAAGUUAAAAGACUCAAGAAGUCGGUUUUAAGAGAUAUCAAGAAAAGCUCCUCUUCAUAGAAACCAUGCCUGGAGACAUUAACAAAGGCAAGAAGGCAUUUGUCCAGAAGUGUGCCCAGUGUCAUACUGUGGAGAAAGGUGGAAAGCAUAAGGUUGGGCCCAACCUUUGGGGUCUGUUCGGACGCAAAACAGGCCAGGCAGAAGGUUACUCCUACACGGAGGCCAACAAAAGCAAAGGCAUCAUCUGGAAUGAGGACACCCUGAUGAUUUAUUUGGAGAACCCCAAGAAAUACAUUCCCGGAACAAAGAUGAUCUUCGCUGGCAUCAAAAAGAAGGGUGAACGUACUGACCUUAUAGAAUAUCUUAAGUCUGCAACUUCAUAAGGAACUCUUCAUGAGUGCAUCCUUGCCAGUGUCCGUGUCUUCACAAACUGCUCAAGAGGCCAGGACUUGUCAUUCUUUCAAAAUCAGGCUGAACAGCAAGUAAUCUGAGUGGUGUCGGCAGCUGCACCUCUGUAUCCGACAUGAUCCUCCAUUGUGGUGGAGUAAAUGAUAUCCCCCUGGUUUUAACGGGUUCCUUUUCUAACAUAAAUUAUUUAACCAUAUACUGUGUAUCCUGAAUGUAGGGACUUGAAAUCUGUGUUUUAUGUUUGCUAAUUGACUGUCAUCCAUUUUUGUUCCUCCAUGAUUUCAUAUAAUUAAUUUGUCUUAAUAACUGUCCAUGCCAAGAAUGAAUAUACUUCUCUGCUUCUGAUUUUGACAAUACCUCAACAGUCUUUUAUUGUGCCUUUUUUUGAAUUUGCAAAUUGAAUAAAACUGACACUAAACAUUAUCUUUGAAAUUUGUUUGACUGAAUAUGUAUUCCCAUAAGUGAAUAUGUGGUCAGACUAAAUACAGGGCAUGGUUGAUGAGGCAGGCUAUCAUUUUUUCUUGUUUAAACAGUUUUGACUAAGGUAGUAGAUUUGUGAAUCAAAUUAAAGUGCAUAUAUGAGAAUAUCAGACUAUUGAUAUAUGCCAGAGUGUGCAGCUUUCCAAUUUUCUCCACCAGGGAGAUGGAUAAAUAAUAUUUGAUCUCUUGCCUGCAUUUUGUAAUUCACUCAUAAGAUUAGUGCCUCAAAACUGGGAUCCUGCCAGGUGUGACUUGGUGCUGGUUUGAUGCGUCAUGUGACAUGCAUACUGUAUACUUUGUUCUUUUCCAGAGAGUAGCUUUCACCUCUAAAUGAAGUAACUUGAUAUUUGUAUCAUUUAAGAAUCUGUUUGUAUUUGGAGACUGAUAUGAGUGUAGUAAAUACUGCAUAUUUAUGAGGAUGUUGGUUAUACUUUAAGGGUGUUUGUCCUCCAUUAAAGGUAGAGAAAAUUC